GUAGGUUAUCACGCGCAUUUGCAUAGGCUAGGGCCUGUUCUAAUGUUAAUUACAAUCUAAAAGUCAUGAGAAGACAGGCACUUUGAAUGACUUCAUUCCAAAACAUAAAAGUGUGAAAGCCUAAAACUACCAACAGGUGUUAUUUGUUUGUUCAGACUUUAUGUCCAAUGGCAUUGGUGCAGAUAACAGGCUUUAAACUCAAGGACAGCUGAAGCAAAUGCUGAAGCAGAAACAGGCAUGGAGAAGCAGUGGCAAGGAGAUGGCACAACACUCAGUCUGGAAGAAAUUAUCAUUGGAAGGUGCUACAAUUACAUCAGAGUGGUGAACCCCAGUGUAGGUGAGAAGAACUGUUCUCAGAUCUGGGAGGCUUUCAGGGAUGCUUUUAUCUUCAAGAACCCUUGCAAGGUGUUUCCUAAGGACUAUGAGCCUUUUAUCAGACUAACUGUUCACGAUGUUCCAGUUAACAAGUCAUUAUUCUGGGAGAACAGUCAGCUGCUCGUGAACAGGUACGCCGACAGCACAAAAAGGAUGAUGCCUCUCGAUGGAACUCUGAUGGGCUGGUUGGCUAACGGGCUGGCCUGGUGUGGACAUCCUGGAGGCACAGGUAUGAAUUACAAGUCAUGCCCCACCACUGAUGAAUGUGAGCACAACCCAGUUGAAUCUUUCUGGAGGAUUGCAUCAGAAGAAUAUGCAAAACUGGCUGCAGGGGUAAUGCAUGUGAUGCUAAAUGGCUCUGUUUCAGACGGGGCGUAUCCUGUAAAUGGCUUUUUUGCAAAGUUUGAACUUACAAAUUUAAUAAGAGACAACAUUUUGAAUAUACAAAUCUGGGUUAUGGAUGAAAUUGAAGGUCCAGAUAACGAAUCUUGUGGGACAAAAACAAUAAAACUCCUGGAAACCACCUUACAGGAAGAUGGAUUUAAGUACACCUGUACUGAUAACUAUAAGCCUGUGCGGCUCUUACAGUGUGUGGAUUUCCCUGCUCACCACGACUGUCUCUGUGCUCAGUAAGAAUUAAAGCAAUUUGAAAUCUA